CAAUCCCGAUCCAACGAUACGCAAACGAAGCAACCUUCACAGGAUUAUCCUAUCUUUCCGGUCCCAACUGAACUUGAACUUGACUGUGAAUACUGCACCCCCUAACUCCGUCUGGUUUGUCGCGUGUCCGUCGUCCUUGUGUUGCUUGAUCAUGGUAGUUAAGGUGAAGAAAGAAAAGUCAGCUAAUCCAAUGAGAGAAAUAAAGAUCCAAAAGUUGUGCCUGAACAUAUGUGUCGGUGAAAGUGGUGAUAGACUCACGCGGGCUGCUAAGGUGCUAGAACAACUAACCGGACAGCAGCCAGUUUUCAGUAAGGCUAGGCUUACAAUCCGCACGUUCGCUAUCCGAAGGAACGAAAAGAUUGCUGUGCAUUGCACUGUGAGAGGACCAAAAGCAGAAGAAAUUCUCGAAAAAGGCCUCAAGGUUAAGGAAUACGAGUUGCCGAAGUCAUGCUUCAGUUCUCGAGGGAACUUUGGGUUUGGCUUGACGGAGCACAUCGAUCUGGGCAUUAAGUAUGACCCGGCCAUCGGUAUUUAUGGUAUGGAUUUUUAUGUUAUUCUUGGGAGACCAGGAAUGCGUGUUAGCAACCGUCGCCGAUGUAAGAACCGUAUCGGACCAUCCCAUCACAUUAGCAAAGAAGAAGCAAUGAAGUGGUUCCAAAGCAAAUUCGACGGCAUUUUGUUAAACAAAUAACUCAGUAUAUAAAGUUUGGUGCACCU